AUGGCCGCCGCGUUGCACAAGCCCCUGGGCGCGAUCACCGCCGACGACCUCGCCGCGGCGGCGCCUGGGUCGGACGCCACCGCGCUCCACUCGGCGCUCCGGCGCGCGCUCGACUCGCACGGCCCCGCCGCGGUGUGGGGGGACCUCUGCCGGUCCGUGCUCCGUCCGUCCGUCCCCUUCGCCGUCCACCGGAUGCUCUACUACGGCUGCUUCGCCGGGUUCCCGUCCCCGACGCCGCCGGCCUGGACCCCCGACCCCAAGGAGGCUGCCUUGACCAAUGUCGGCCGUGUCCUGGAGGCGCGCGGGAAGGACUUCAUCGGCGACGCGUACAAGGAUCCCAUCACCAGCUUCCCAGACCUCCACAAGUUCUCCAACGAGAACCCAGAGGCGUACUGGAAGAUGGUAUUUGAGGAGAUGGAUGUCGAAUUCAGUGUAGAGCCAUCCUGCAUCUGGAGAGAGAGCGCUGCGUAUCCCGGUGGCGAGUGGCUACCAGGCGCCGAGCUGAACGCUGCUGCGAAUUGCUUGACUGCUAAACCCGGGAGGAGCUCCGACAGUCCAGCCAUUGUAUGGAGGGAUGAGGGGAAGGAUUCUGAGCCUCUGAACUUUAUGUCCCUAGAGGAAUUGAGGAAGAAAGUUUGCCUCGUGGCGAAUGCACUUGAUGCCCUGGAACUGCCAAAGGGAUCUGCAAUUGCUAUUGACAUGCCUAUGGAUGUCAAUGCUGUUGUGAUCUACCUUGCAAUUGUGUUGGCGGGAUAUGUGGUUGUCUCAAUUGCAGACAGUUUUGCUGCACCUGCAAUAGCGAUGAGGUUAAAGAUAUCAGAAGCAAAGGCAAUUUUUACGCAGGAUUACAUCCUUCGUGAUGACAAAGAACUGCCAUUGUACAGUAGAGUUGUGGAGGCUAAGGCCCCUAUGGCAAUUGUGAUUCCUGUAAGGGGGUCUUUGCCAAUAAAGGGACUACGUGUUGACGACCUUUCCUGGCAAGAUUUCCUUGGAAAGGUUAAUCAUACCGAGGCGGAAAAUUACACUGCUGUUAAGCAACCUGCCUAUGCAUUCACCAAUGUCCUAUUUUCAUCAGGGACCACAGGGGAGCCCAAAGCAAUUCCAUGGACACAUAUAACACCCCUAAAGGCAGCUGCGGAUGGAUGGUGUCACAUGGAUAUUCGUAAAGGAGAUGUUGUUUCAUGGCCAACUAAUCUUGGUUGGAUGAUGGGUCCUUGGCUUGUUUAUGCCUCCUUACUGAAUGGAGCUUCCAUGGCUCUGUAUAAUGGCUCCCCAAAUAGUUCAGGCUUUGCAAAGUUUGUACAGGAUGCUAAGGUGACAAUGCUUGGACUGGUACCCAGCAUCGCUUCGUAUAUGGAAGAAUACAGACUGUACAGCUGGACUAGACUGGUCCUCCAUCCGUUUUUAUUGGUCAUAUUCAUUAUAUACAGAUGCUUUAGCUCAUCUGGGGAGGCAUCCAGUGUGGAUGAUUAUUUAUGGCUGAUGGGAAGAGCUGGCUACAAGCCAGUAAUUGAGUACUGUGGAGGCACAGAGAUUGGUGGUGGAUUUGUUACUGGAUCCUUGCUGCAACCUCAAGCGUUGUCUGCAUUCAGCACACCUGCCAUGGGUUGUAACCUAUUCAUUCUUGAUAGCAGCGGGAAUCCUUUGCCACAAGACUGUGUGGGUAUUGGUGAACUUGCACUUGAUCCAACUUUAUUUGGAUCAUCAACAACACUUCUGAAUGCUGAUCAUCAGGAGGUUUAUUUCAACGGAAUGCCAGAAUGGCACGGGAAAAUCCUCCGCAGGCAUGGAGAUGAAUUUGAGCGUACUUCUGACGGGUAUUAUAGGGCUCAUGGGCGUGCAGAUGAUACAAUGAACCUUGGUGGAAUUAAGGUUAGUUCCAUUGAGAUUGAGAGGAUCUGCAACAGAGUACAUGACGCCAUCGUUGAAACAGCAGCUAUCGGGGUUCCACCUGUAGGGGGUGGCCCUGAACAACUAACCAUAGCCGUCGUGUUGAAAGACCAGAGCUCACAAGUAGAGGACUGGAACCAGCUGAAACUAGCAUUCAACGUGGCUCUGAAGAAACUGAACCCUCUGUUCAAGGUUUCCUCCGUCGUUGUGGUCCCAUCUCUCCCUAGAACCGCCUCUAACAAGGUCAUGAGGAGAGUCCUGCGCAAGGAGUUCAGCCAGGCAGCCCAGGCAAAGCAUUCGAAAAUAUAG